GUGUCUCCUUUUCUGCUGCAAUGGUGCUUCUCCUUCCCUGCCCCACCAGGCUCCUAGCAUGGGCUCUGCUAUUGCUGUCAUCACCAACUAAAGCUGAAGGUACCUGUGGUGCUCCAAACUCACGGCUCUAUGCUUCAUUAAAGAGUGGAAAAAUAAAAGACAGCUAUCCUGUUGGGACUGUUCUGCAAUACAAGUGCAUCCCAGGUUACGAAAAUAUUCCGAGAGUGACUCCUUCUAUCCAAUGUCUUGAUAAUUCAAAAUGGUCAGAAACUCUCCGGUUUUGUCAAAGAUCUGGUAACACAAUAUUUGCUAUAGGACAACUGACCCUCAUUCUGGCUAUUCUGGUUCUCAUUGUAUAGUCCUGGUAAAAGUUCUACCAGAGUAAGAAAACUGUCUCUCUCCAAGACCCUGGUCUGAUUACACUGAGUAUCUGCAGUAAAGAUACAGAUGAGGAAGAAAUUAAUGAGGUUCUCAUUUUCAUUUUGAACUUUUCAACCACCUUCUAUGUCAGUUACUCUUCAUGAGUUAUACUACUUCAAAUUUUACAAUGCAGUUCUAUAAUAAAAAUGCCUGUAUUAGGAUAA